GUCUUUGACCAAUCACCAGGCAGCUGAAUCGAACGUACAGUCUACUCAUUCAAAACGUGCCGCUUUUGCAAAUAGGACCUCGUAUUCUUGUUUUACCUGUAUAUUAUAACUUGUAUACUAUUGUUAAUCAAGUAAAAGACGAAAAUUAAGGAAAUUUUACGUGGGAAAUCCUUCUAUUUAUUGAAAAUAUUUAUCGGCAAGUAGAGAGUGAGCGAAAAUACGAGAUUUAGGAAAUAACAAUAUUCUCUGAAUUCGACUAUGUGGAUGAAGGGUCUUUGGCAACAAUUUUGGUUACUGAUAAUAGUGAUAUGUUUCUCUAUAUUCCUAGUAGCUGUAUCAGAAAACUGUGAAGAAAAUCAGUUUCGUUGUGAUAAUGGACAGUGCAUUCAUGGUUUUGCUAAAUGUGACCAAGAAGUUGAUUGUCAAGACGGAUCCGACGAAAGAAAUUGUACUAUCAGGAAUUGUGCUAAUACAACAGAAUUUCAAUGUGAGGAUAAAAGAAAUUGUAUACCAAAGCAUUGGAAGUGCGACGGAAGUGAAGAUUGCACGGACGGUUCAGAUGAGAGAAAUUGCGCCCUUUGUGCACCAGGACGAUUUCUUUGCCAUAAAAGCAAUGGGCAAUGCAUAACUGGCGGCUGGAAAUGCGAUGGAGAAAAGGAUUGCCCGAAUGGAGAAGAUGAAUCCGAUGAAACUUGCAGUAAGAAAAGAGAAUGUCCAAAAGAUCAUUUCCUAUGUCCUGGUACCUCCAAAUGUAUACCAAAUGUCUGGUUAUGUGAUACUGAUUUUGAUUGUCCUAAUCAAGAAGAUGAAAGACUAAAUUGUAGUCCCAAACCUUGUAGCGAUGGUGAAUUUUCUUGCAAGAAUGAUCCAAACGAACCACAAGAGUGUGUAGCCAAAUCCUGGAAAUGUGAUGGCUUUAAGGAUUGUGAAAAUGGGUUCGAUGAAGCAAACUGUAACACCUCUGUUUCGAACUUUUGCAAUGAAACCCAGUUUGCCUGCGAUAAUAGUCUUUGUAUACCUAAAUCAAAAGUUUGUGACGGCUAUAUAGAUUGUGCCCAUAAAGAAGAUGAAGCAUCUUGUUCAGAAAUUACCUGUGGAAAAGAUGAAUUUUUUUGUUCCUCUUCAAAGUUGUGUAUACCAGAUUCUUUGCGAUGCAAUGGACAUCCGGAUUGCUUGAAUUUAACAAACGGAGUUGCUGUCGAUGAAUAUAAUUGUUCUUCAUCGCAAUUAAAUAGAUUUAAGAAAUGUGAGCUCAUCGGGAAAAUAGAUUGCAGCGACAAAGACAUUGAUGAUCCAAAUUAUGAAAAAAGAUGUGUUGACUGGGACGAUUUUUGCUCUAAGAAAGAAAAAUGUGGUGCGUCUAAUGAAGAAAUUAAUAGAGUUUGUAAUAUUAAAGAGGAGUGCGAUAAAACAGUGGGAAGUUGUCAGGGCUGUUUUCCUACUGAAACUAGUAAAAGAGAAGCAUGUUAUUGUCCUAUUGGUUACGAACUAGCUGCCGACAGAAAUUCUUGCCAGGCUAAAACCAAGUGCUUCAAUUGGGGUGUGUGUUCACAUCCGAAAAAAUGCAGAAUGCUUGAAGGCUAUCCGAAAUGUUAUUGUGAUGAAGGAUAUCAUCUCCGCAAUAGAACUUGCCGAGCCAUCACUCCAGGCUUCAUCAUGUACGCUCACAGUCAUAUUGUGAAGGCGUUUUCAACCAAUGCUAAUCACCACAGUCAACAGCCAAAGACAAUUGUUAAUCAGUCAAGACAUGCUUUGGCAUUGGCUGUAGAUAUUAACCAAAACAGAGUUUUCUAUUCUGAUAUGAACAUGGGAUCAAUCUGGAGAGUGGAUUUGAAGGAAGAUGAUUUAAGUCCCAGGUCGAGAACGCAGAUACAAGUAGAAAAAUUAAAACUUGUUGAAGGACUUGCAUAUGAUUGGGUAUCAGAAAAUUUAUAUUGGACAGACAAUGGAAGAAAAGUUAUUGAGGUCAUGGAGGCCAAUAACCCAACAAAUCGAAGAGAAUUAUUUACUGAAAAUCUCAUGGAACCUAGAGGUUUAGCAAUUGAUCCUCGUAAUGGUUGGAUGUACUGGUCAGAUUGGGGUAAAGAGGCCAGAAUUGAAAAAGCUGGAAUGGACGGCACUAAACGGCAAACAUUGUUGGCAAAACAAAAUGGUAUAUUAUGGCCGAAUGGUUUAGCAAUCGAUUAUUAUACAGAUACAUUAUUUUGGGUGGAUGGUUCCCUGAGUACUAUAAAUCGUGUAUCAUUGGAUGGCACAAAGCGAAGUAUAGUAUUUGGUGACGCUAACUAUUUACGAUUACCAUACAGCCUAGCAGUAUUCGAAGAUUACAUAUAUUUAUCUGAUUGGAGUACACACGGACUUUUUAAAAUUGAUAAAUAUGCGGAUAUACGAAAAAACUUUUCAGUAGAAAAACUAGUAAUUUCAAGAUUUGCCGUAAACAGUGUUCAAGUCUUCCACAAAAAACAACAGCCUGAUGUAGCAGAUAAUCCUUGUUCUGACAACAGAGGCGGAUGCUCUCAUUUAUGUUUAAUUUCUCCAAGAGUACAUUCUACUGCUCCCUUGGAAAGAACUUGUGCUUGUCCGAGCACGGGGAAAUUUACUUUCGAUGGUAAAACGAAAUGUGUAUCUAAUGUCAAACCGGAAAAUACUGAGGGCGGUUCAAGUUCCAGUCCCGACAAUGUUGAUAGACCUGUGAAAAGACAAGUUUCUGCCGAUAGCAAAGCCGUUGGAAGAGUAGCUGGAAUUGUCAUCGCUUGCCUAGUCCUCAUUCUGAUUUUAUCUGGUAUUGCUGGAUAUUUUGUUCAUCGAUCAUACAGAAAACGUUUUAUCAGGUCGAUGAAUUUUGACAAUCCUGUCUACAGGAAGACUACGACAUCGGAAGCCAACGAAGACGUUCUUCUAAAGCUAUCCAGUAACGAUGGGUCACACAUUCCAAAUGGCAUAAAUAGGCCGACUGCAAUAAAUCAUGUGCAAAUGACUACAGAACAUUUAAUGACUGGAGAGCUUUCGAAUCACUCUCUAGCUUAA